GUUUUCUCAUUGGACAUCACAUAUACAUCCCUCACCCUUGCCCCUAGCUAUAUGGACACACCCUUUGACGUCAUUAUCACGAAGACCUUCACUAAAGCAGCGUCAUCUAGCAGUACUAGUGAGAAGUCCAUCCAGUCAGUAUUGCCCUUAGGGGGGUAGCAGAAAUACAGAAACAUUAGCAGGGUUCCGUUUGAGACGGUGACGCUGGUACCCAGGCUGAGAAAAAAAAACUCCUGAAACGUGUACCAAAGAAAAGAGAGUACAUGGACAGUUAGCCACUACCACAGCAACAAAGAUAUCGAAAGCGGAAGCCCUCUUGUAGUACCAUAGAAAACCGCUUGGAGGCCCGGAACCAAACAUUUAUCCUUAACUUUGCAGACUCCUACCGUUUAAAUCCACUGACAGGUUCUUGAGUUAUCCUGUCUGCUACCCACAAAUCAACGAAAUCACAAACGGUACCGAAACAACAGUGACGUAAUAUGGCGUCAUUUCCGGUGAUCCCGCUCCCCAACGUUGGUGACGUCAACGAGACCGUCACACGAUUCGAACUUAUCGAGUCACUGGGUGCACCCACGUGGUACACUGUGAUUCACCUGAUUCUGGCCGCCAUGGGCGCUGUGGCCAACGCGCUUGUCAUCUACAUCUUACUGAGGAAACCGAAGAUGAGAACGUAUCCAAACAUCUUUGUGUUCAGCCUUGCGUUGUCGGACUUAGUCUUCUGCGCACUGGCGAUCCCCUUGUCGUGGGCGGUUAACUUGGUAAAUGGGUACCAUGGUUGGUUGGCGCAUGUGUCGUCUGUCAGCUACGACACGUGUACCCUUGUCGGCGCGCUGUGUCUGACGACCAUGAGUAUAGAACGUUACGAGGCUGUGUCGGACCCCAUAGGCCACGUACAGCGAAGUUCUGUAAAGCGUGGCUGGCUCACAAUCGCCGGGUUCUGGGUCGGUUCUAUUCUCGUGAGCAUUCUGUUUUAUGUGUUUGUGAUACUACCAGCGGGUCAGGAAGACGUGAGAUCUGCAAACCUAAGAAAUCUCAAUCUUGCAUCAAAACUUUACAGCUUUAUAGUAAUGUUUGCUGUCCCAUUGUUGAUUGCAGUCAUCUUUUACAUGCUCUUAUUCAAGGCAUUAAAACAGAGAAGAGAUAUACCCGGUAGGGCAAGGAGCACAGCCAGAUCCCAUGGCCGUAUAACCCGUAUGGUGACUGCCGUUGUAGUAGCGUAUGUCGUAUCAUGGUCUCCCGCACAUAUCUUAGGUCUAGUAACAGUCUCUGGUAGUCCCUACAACAUUAUAGCCUUGGCACUCGCCUUGCGGGUUUGUUUCGUACUGCAGGUCAUCAAUGCGGUAACGAAUCCGUUCCUAUACGCUCUGCUCGGAGAAAGGUUUGGGUUCUACAUACGAGAAAUGAUGUGCGGAAAGAACCUCAGUAAACCACAGCACAGGAACGGAGUUCAUACGGUAACACAGGGACAUGGGCUGAGACAGGGUGGAACAUCUUCUAUGGUAGAUAGCCAGGCGCAGUGAAGGGACGAAGGCAGCAAAGGGAUAGAUACGUUUCCUAAACAGAUACGGACUUCGAUUUCCCACUUAAUGCAUUUAUGUAAAAUGGACAGUUCUUAUGCUUUUAGACGAACCCUCUUCAGAAAAUAUAUCUGUUCUCACACUCCAAUCAUCACGAAGAAACGACAAAAACCGAACCCACAUUCUAAAUUAUAGUAUACAGUACACGCAAUAUUGUAUAUAUUUCAUUUGUAAACUCUUUAUAAAAAUGUACAGUAAAUUUCUCCAUCAUCAAUAGUCAGAUAGAUAUACGUAUAAUGGUGGACAAUGGGUCAGCACCAACACAGG